UUUUUGCUUUUACUAAGUUGUAGUUAAAGUUUUACCCUUCUUUAAAUUGUAAACAGUCGAGCUUAGUCAAUUGUAUUCCUUAGGUCAGAAUGUUAAGAUUUUUUUGGAGAAAAGGUUAAAGGUUCUAGUAAUAUAAAAAUCUACCAAUAUUGCUAGCAUACCUUAUGCUUAGUAAAAUAUUCCCGUCUAAUUAUGCUAAAAUAUCACACAUAUUAACCGCUAUACAAGGUAAAAAGUCAGUCAUGUGGACCGAAUACUUACCGAAUCUUACGUUCCCACGACAAUUGGUUCUACAUAUCAGAAGUGAAUCCAGUUUUUUUAUACAUCAAAGACUGUUAAAUCACUGUCAUUCUCCAUAACUAUUUCAGAAAUGUUUUAUACCGCUACUAUAACAGAACCUCACAUACAUCAGAUAUAUUUGGUAUAGGACAUAGGUCAAAUAUACCGAUUUCGCGCACUUUUUAAAAGAAGAUUGCCACAUACAAAAUUUUCGUCUGAAUUUUUUUAAGUGCAGUUUGUGUCAUUUAUUGUUAAGCAAAAUAGGUUCGUGUUAUUAAAAAUAACGGUAUAUAGAAAAUAGGCGUGGUCAAUGUCUGAUUUUGCAAAUUUUAAACAGAAAUAGGCGUAACCAAACAAUUCCUACAGCUAUUGUCACGCUACUGGUGACAUCCUUUAGAAAAUUAUUGCACCUUUAGUGUUUUGAAUAUUACAGUUAUAUGUACUAGAUAGGUGUGGUUAUUCAUUAAAUUUACCAAAUUACAAAUUUAUGUUUUCUUACAAGAUUUCCAGUUUAAAAAUAUUCCCUUAAUAAAUCCAAAUGCAUCUAUUUUUUUCCACUACAAGCAAUCAUUAAUAUUCGGCGAAGCUCCACCGCCACGACACUGUCUAUUCCACACGGUCCAAGCGCCAAAACCUUGCUCUCUUUGUAUUUGCAGCGCACAACGCAACGAUGUACCUAUAUCAUCUGUAGUCAACGAACGACAUGGUAUACCGCAAACAUUUGAUGUGCGACGUCCAUCUUGAGGAUCACACCAGAAGCGAUCGUUUAGUUGAAAGAGACCCCAAUCACGCGAACCAUCCGAAUUCAGUGGUCCAAUGGCCGCUGUAUUGUACGUACUCUCAUAUUGAGCAAUGCACACCCAAGCGGGUAUAUCGCCACGUGGCACACCGAGACGCGACAGCUCACGAGCCAAUGAGCAGCGAUCGAAUAUCCUCGCAACGAUACAGGAGAAAGUGUAGAACAAAAUAAAACAGAAAAUUUGGAACUUCAUGGUUUGCGUUGUGUAAAAUAAGUAACUCGUGUUAAAAAUAGAAUUAGGUGCAUAUUUAUAGUAAAUUGUAAGUGGUUAAAGCAUAUAUAAAAUAUUUUUUUGGAUAAUAAUAAGCAUAAUACAAAUAGCACUCUUUUGGAAAUAGAGGUAUUGAUUGAAAACAACUUUAUAGAAAAGAAAACACUAAAAAUACAAAUACAAAGAAAAUACUAAAACUUUACAAAAUUAACUUAAAAAAAGUUUAGAUAUAAUAUGUAUUAUAUUUUGGUAUUUAUUUCGAAAAUAAUCCAAAGUGAUUGUUUAAUAACUUUUAUUAUAUAAAAAUUCAUUUAAAAAGCUGUUUUAAAUAAGCGUCGCCUGCAACUAAAUGUAGGUCAUACUCAUAUCGAAGAUAUUAGCGCUUAAAAACAAAAAUUGCAUAACUCAAAAUUAGUAAAAAGAGCCUUUUAUAGUAAAAUACAUUGAAAUAUUUUUCUAAACCUUUCUGUAUCAUAUAUAAUAUUAACAUUGGCUGCCAACUAAAACAAAAUGCACAUAAAAAUUGCACCAUAAGCGCAACUACCUACCUACGUCAAAUUCAAAUAAUCAAAUUUUAUUAACUCGCCUUAAGCCUUUUUACUUUGUAAGCGCAUAUACUUAAAAUAAAUAUAAAUAUCGUCAAACUACCCACCAACUAAAUCAUUUUCACACCUAAAACUGACUUAUCGCAAUGAAAAUUCUGCUCGUCUCAUUUUUGCUAGCAAUCGCGCUCGGCAGCGUGGAGCCACGCAUACUCGAUAAAUGUUCAUUGACACGCGAACUGGCCGCAUUGAGUAUACCACGCGCCAAUAUACCGAAUUGGGUGUGCAUUGCACAAUACGAAAGUAAUUUCAACACUGCCGAAUUGGGUCCACCAAAUCCGGAUGGUUCGCGCGAUUGGGGUAUAUUCCAUAUAAACGAUCGUUAUUGGUGCAAUACCGGUGAUGGCCGACCGAGUGAAAAUGUGUGUCAAGUAUCCUGUCAAUCACUCUAUACGGACGAUAUAACGGCGGCUGUAACGUGUGCACGACAAAUUAUACGAACGCAAGGUUUCGCAGCGUGGAAUACGUGGAAUAAUAAUUGUGGGAGAGGAGCAAAUGUACCGAGCAUUGAUGAUUGUAAUUGAAGUGAUACGAGUGGUGUGUGUUGGAAAUAAAUUUAUGAUAAAAAUAUUUAAUGUAA